AUGUCUGCGCAGGAGAACAAGCCCACUACGAAGAAGUUCGGCAAAGGCGAGCGGUCGGUGCCUCACCCCUCGCAGAAGGCAUCCAAGUGGUACCCUGCGCACACAGAGUCUGCCGCGAAGAAGUCUCGCAAAUCCAUCCGUCCCGCCAAGUACCGCUCCUCUCUGCAGCCGGGCACCGUCCUGAUCCUGCUCGCCGGCCGCUUCCGUGGCAAGCGAGUCAUCCUCCUCAAGCAGCUCUCGCAGGGCGCCCUCCUAGUGACGGGACCCUUCAAGAUCAAUGGCGUGCCCCUGCGCCGCGUGAACGCCCGCUAUGUCAUCGCCACCUCGACCAAGGUUGACCUGAAGGCCGUCGACUCCAAGGUCCUCGACAAGGUCGCCGGUGACUCAUACUUUGUGCGCGAGAAGAAGAGCAAGAAGGAGAAGGGUGAGGAGGCGUUCAUGAAGCAGGGCGAGAAGGCCGAGAAGAAGCAGCCCACGUCCGAGCGUGCCUCCGACCAGAAGUCAAUUGACAAGCCCAUUCUCUCCGCCAUCAAGAACGAGGAGUUCCUCGCCAGCUACCUCUCCUCCAGCUUCAGCCUGCGACACGGUCAGAGACCGCACGAGAUGAAGUUCUAG